UUAUUUUCAUGGAUUCAUUUUUGUCCUUUUGUUCAACCUAAAACUGUAAAGACACAGAAUUUGUUUCAAAACACUGUUUAUUUCCAGUUUCUGUGUUUUAAAAAAAGACAAGACUGACCACAUGUAACAGGAAGUAGUUAUAAUGUGAACACGGUGGAGGUCAGCGGGGGCAGAUGGGAGGAGUAACGACACAAGUUCAGUGACCAAAAGAUUUGAUUUUAAUGAUUGAACUCGACCGAAACCUGAAGCAAACAGUGCAGGAGACCUACAGUAUCUCCGGUAACAUCUAAUCAUUGUUACAGACUGUCUGGCAUCUAAUAAUUGUGUUUAUUUACACACAAACCUGGGGAGGAACUUGAUUUGGUUUACAAUUUGGUAAUUCAGUCUAUCCUUAAACUAAGCUCCUUUACACCUGAUGAGAAAAUGUCUUGGUCUCAUCUUAAAGACAAAACGUGCAGAGUGAUAUCUGUUAUUAAAAGGUGUCACUCAUAUCGACCUUCACACACAUUAAAGCAGGUAGUACAAUGUUUGGUUUUGACACAUCUGGACUGUUGUCCGGCGAUAUGUUCAGUCCAGAAGAACUUUAACCUUCUUCUGGAGAAGAUAUGUUUCCUUUUCUCUACAAUAAUCUUUACAGAGAAUAAACACCGUUACAAAACUAGAUAAAUGACGAUGAAUAAGAUCUCUCUUCCACAAUGUGAACGCUUUAAAGAAAACCGCUGAGUACAGGUCGACCAAUCAGUGGAAUCAUUUACCAUCAUUUAUUAGAAAAUUACAGUAGCCCUGAGGUGCCAAAAGCAACAUUUCACAAAACAACAUUUUGUUGUGUUUUCUGUUUUGUUAUUGUGUUUUGCACUUCAGAGCCACCAUAGAAAUCCCUGAAUAAGAUCACCUUAAAAAAAAACAAAAAAACAGACAAGUCAAAUGAGCCAAAGACCAAUUUAAGGUGAUUCUGACUGAUUCUGGCUUUAUUUAGUUUGUAGGGAAGUUUAUUGUCGGCACACUAUGACCAGUAGAGGACGUCACCUCCGGUAUCACACUUCGACUGCUUUUAGCGCUGUCACAUGUUACUAACAAAACAACGUCACACCUGGUCACAUGAUCAUGACGAUAUAUAAAACUAUAUUACAAGAGGGAUAAAACAUGGACUGGCAGGGAAAAGGAGAGAAAUAAUGAACUGUUUGGCUUUCUAUAGCAAAGAGAGCUGAUGUGACAUUUUACAUUAUCAGUAGUAAUCGAUAUGUGUAUAUUUUGUCUUCUUUCUUUUUGUUUUUUUGUAGUCGUCUUUCCAUCCGUCAAUAUUUUUAUUUUUUAUAAUUCUGUUGAUCUUGUCUUGAGUUUUUAGGAGAGCUCUUCAGCUUUUAAACUCAUGUUUAGCUGAGUACACGGAGGUAAAUGUGUGUUUAUGUGAAUAUCUUUGUGUGCAAAUCAAAUCAUCUUUUUAACGUGCAAACAAAUGAAUAAGAAAAACAGAAAUAAAAUACUCUGACAGCAAACACCGCUGGCUGUGAGCACAGCUGUUUCCUCCAGUAUUCAUGGUUUUUUUUAGGACAGAAUUCCCUCCUUUUGUUUCCUCGCACACUAUUUUUGUUCUCAGCUACAAAAAGCUUUAUAUAUUUUUCAUAAAUGCAGAAGUAUUUACACCUGGAAACACGCUGAUGUGGAAAAUCACUAGAGAUCUGUUUUAAAAUCCACCAAACAAGUUGAAAGGUCAUUUCCUUCCAACUUUAUUUAAAAAUGGAACAAGUGAAUAGAGUAGACAACUAAUGAUAAGAAAUAAAAUAAAUAGUUGACAAAACAUCAAAUAUUUGAUUCAAUGAGAUGUCCCUGUUGGUUUGGUGUGUUUGGCUGUUGGUGUUUCCAGGUGUUUCCAGGUGUUUCCAGGUGUGUGUGUGUGCAGAGCAGCAUGACGGUGGGUCUGCAGGUUGUGGGUCUGGUUCUGGGCGUGGUGUCCUGGUGUCUGCAGUCCAGCUGUACGUCCUCUCAGAUGUGGAAGGUGAGGAGUCAGGUGGAGUCGGUCACCAGCAGUCAGUGGCAGUUUGAAGGUCUGUGGAUGAGCUGCGCCGCCACAUCACUGGGAUCGCUCCAGUGCAGCAAGUUCAAGACGGUGCUGGGACUGCCGGCUCACCUGCAGGUCUGCCGGGCUCUGAUGAUCCUGUCCCUGCUGGUCGGUCUGGCUUCCAUCAUUGUCUCCGUGCUUGGACUCAAGUGCACCAAGAUCGGAAGAACCUCGGAGCACACCAAAGACCAGAUCGCCCUGAGCGGAGGAAUCCUGUUCAUCCUGUCCGGUUUGUUCACUCUGACUGCAGUGUCCUGGUACGCUGCCCGAGUCAUCCAUGACUUCUACGACCCGCUGAACGGAGGAGUCCGGUCAGUCCCACGCACAAACAUGAUGAUGAUGAUGAUGAUGAUGAUGGUGAAGGUGAUGAUGGUGAUGAUGAUGGUGGUGGUGUGGUUUUCUUUUUGCAGGUUCGAGCUGGGCACUGGUCUGUAUCUGGGCUGGGGAGCUUCCUGUCUGGCCAUCCUGGGGGGCUCGAUGCUCUGCUGCUCCUGCAGGAGGAGCUCCCCCGCCCCCCCUGCACGGCAGUUUUCAUACAACUACUCAAGCAGUCGAGGACAGAGCAUCUACAGAGCAGCUCCGGCUUCAGACAACAGCAGCUCCAAAGCCUACGUCUAAACCUCCCGAACACCUGCACAAGUUACUGCUGAUACACAGAAGACUGAACUCAGCAUUAUCUGACUCAGAAUUGUGUUGGAUUUUUAGGAAUCUUAUGGAUUUUCUACCAAAAACAUUUUUUU